GCACAGAAUCCAGUCAACAGAAGACCCGGUUCGAUCUUGUUUUUACUUUCAUGAUGCAAACACUAUCAUUACUUCUUGAAGAUGCAGCACACAGUCACGGCGAUCGAGGGAUCGUAUUCUACCCCGAUGGGGUAUGCGACAGCGAGAAGGCGACCCGGCUCACUUACGGAGAGCUCCACCGUCAGGCGUCGACCAACAGCACAAAGAUUCGGCAACGGAACGGCUAUGCGCCCGGCCAGAUAGUCCUACUGCACCUGGGCCCGAACAACCAUCUCGACACAAUCAUCUGGUUCUGGUCCCUCAUCUAUGCCAACUGCAUACCAGCCAUGUCUACCCCUUUCCCACAAGAUCAGGGUCUUCGCCUGAAGCACUUGCACCACUUGCAAACAUUAUUGCAAGAUCCAGUUUGCCUCACUAGACAGACACUGAUAGACGAGUUCCCAGCUGAUCUCACAAUUUCGCUCGAGACCAUUGAGCAAUUCCAAGAUAUCGACACCGAGUCAACGACCGAGGCCGCACUUUCGGCUCCAACAAGCGAAGCCCCAUCUGACAUCGCCAUCCUAAUGCUCACAUCCGGCAGCACGGGCCCAUGCAAAGCCGUGGGUCUAACGCACCAGCAGAUCCUCUGCUCCCUGAAGGGUAAAUGCGCUGCGUUACCGUUACGGACUAACCAAAGUGCCUUCCUCAACUGGAUCAGUCUGGACCACGUCGGAAGUUUGAUCGAGAUCCAUCUGCACGCGCUGCUCGCCGGAGUUGACCAAGUGCAUGUCUCCCCAAGCGAUGUGAUUCAGUCCCCGCUGUGGUUCUUGAAACUUCUGGAGCAACAUCACAUCGCGAGGACGUUUGCACCGAACUUCUUCCUGGCGAUGCUGGCACGCACGCCGGAUACGACCGCAGCGGGAAGCGCCAUAUUCUUCGACCUCCAGCACCUGCAGUAUAUCGUAAGCGGCGGCGAAGCGAAUGGGGUCGGUGUCUGUGGCCGGUUGACUGCGUAUCUCUCCCGCUGCGGGGCGGCGGAGAACUGCAUAGUACCGGGGUUCGGAAUGACGGAGACUUGCGCGGGGUGUAUUUACAACCUAGGGUUUCCGGGGUAUGAUCAGCGGCACGGGUACGACUUCGCGUCCCUAGGUUCGUGCAUCCCCGGGGUCGAGAUGAGGAUUGCGUCCGCCGUACCGGGGGAGGUUGGUGAUCUGGAGGUGAGGGGGCCUGUUGUCUUCGCAGGGUACUUCAACAAUCCCGAAGCGACGGCGGAGGCCUUCCAGCCCGACGGGUGGUUUCGGACGGGAGACAAGGGGUUCCUGGAUGCAAACGGGUACCUCAACCUCGCUGGGCGGACAAAUGAUCUGAUCUCCAUCAACGGGGUCAAGCAUCAUGCAUUAGCGCUUGAGGUCGGCUUGAACGAAGCGCAACUCCCCGGAGUGAUUCCGGGUGAGGUGGUGUGCUUUGCGCAUCGCGGCCCGGGGGUGGACACUGAGCAGGUAUAUGUUGUCUACGCGCACAGCUACAGCUCGCACGACACGAGGGCGCGUUAUGAGACGCUGACGGCAAUCAAUCACAAGGUCUCGUUCAUGACCAACACAAAGCCGUGCGUCCUCCCUCUACCUGCCCUCGAGCGAUCAUCGCUGGGGAAGGUAUCCCGGUCGAAGCUGCGAACCCAGAUCGCCUUGGGGGUGUAUACAAGGGAGCAAGAGCUGGACGCAGCACUUCUCCAAGCCCAUCGACGAGCCAUGUACCGUCCGCCCAGGACCGAAACGGAGAAAACCAUCAUCCGAAUCCUUCCGAACAUCAUCCCGGAUACCAACCCCGACAAUGUGGGUGCCACCGCCAACCUCUUCGAGCUGGGUCUCACCUCCCUCAUUCUCGUCCAAAUCCAACGCCAACUGCAAGAUCGACUCCCCUUAGACGAACCUCUUCCCUUGGCUACUAUCAUGGCUCAUCCCACGGUUCAGGACCUCGCUGCAGUCUGCGAAGACGCCACGCACGAAUAUAAUCCGGUAGUGACUCUGCAGCCGCACGGCACCAAGCCCCCACUCUGGCUCAUCCACCCCGCCGCCGGUGAAGCCCUCGUCUUCCUCAACCUCGCCCACCUCAUCCGCGACCGCCCAGUCUACGCCUUCCGAGCGCGCGGCUUCCAUCGCGAGGAACCCUUCUUCACGAGUCUGGACGAGUGUGUCACAACCUACCACACCGCAAUGAAGAAGCGCCAGCCCGAGGGCCCUUACGCGAUCCUCGGGUACUCGUACGGCGCGAUGGUCGCCUUCGAACUGGCCAAGACCCUCGAGGCCGAGGGCAGUGAGGUGCGGUUCCUGGCGAGUCUCAACCGGCCGCCGUAUGUGAGUGAGCGCCUGCGCCAGGUGCAGUGGCCGGAAUGUCUGGUGAAUAUUGCGUUCUUCCUUGGGAUUUUGUCGCGCGAGGCGCUGCAUCAGUGUCUGGAUGAGGUGAGAGAUGCAACGAGGGAGGAAGCUUUAGCAGUCGUGCUUCCUCAUGUUGAUCAUACUCGGAUGGUUGAGUUGGGGCUGGAUGACAGGAGUCUUUCGAGGUGGAUUGACGUGGCGUUUAGCCUACAGGAGAUAGGCCGGGAGUAUCAGCCGGGCGGGACGGUGGCGCAUAUGGAAGUUUUUCACUGCAAGCCCUUGGAUUUUCUGAAUGUGGGUAAAGAGGAGUGGUUGCGGCGGCUGGCGGCUUGGGAGGAGUUUUCAAGGGAGGAGAGCGAGUACUAUGGGGUUCCGGGAGAGCAUCAUUCGGUGUUAGGAGUAGCACAUGUUCAGCGAUUCUUUGUCAGGCUGGUCGAGGCCCUGGCUGCACGUGGGAUUUAGACAGCAGGGCAGUCCAUUUUGUGAGUGUAUUUAUUGAUGGUGGCUGUUCGUUGAAUCGAUUAUCAGGAGUGAAACCUGCCAACGUGAAGGUAAGCGAAUCCGCAGUAGGGGGGAGGAACCCGGAACCGCCAUGCAUGUUCUACACAUACAUAGACGUGGGGCAUAGAGUGAAAGCAGUGCAUCGCAGGUGGGUCUCGGAGUGGGUACGAGAGUGGGGCACGAUGCAAGGGCAUCUGCCCUAUAACCCCAUGAUUCUGUCAAACGACGAGGACGAUAUUUGCAUUGAUGACACUUAGAACUUAGACACGCUUGAAUGUUCGCAUGGCAGUCUUGAUUGGCGUCAAUAUUAGAAAUGGGUGGACUAUU